CGCGCUGGUGUUACUUUAAAAGAGCACCAAUUCAAUUGCUUACCUGCAUCACCUGAUUUCCCGCAAAAGUGAAGAUGACGACCGACGUCUUGCUAUCGGCUUUCGCCUUGGUUAUCAUUGCUCUUCUCCUCGCCCUCGUCUUCUUCCUUUCUCUCCUCGCAGCUGUUUUCCUCGCCUUCCAGUUUCUUCCGACGGCUGGCGGUCCGCUGAUAAACUUCUCUCGGAUCGGCCAAGAUGGGCGACAGAGAGAAUUUACACAUGCACCACACCACGCCGCAAGGCAGGCGCCCAAACGGAUCAACUCGGGAUGUGCAGGGCGCACCUCGAGCCUGCUCGGUUCUCGGAUGAUGGCAGAAAUGAAGACCAUCCUUCGGAGCGUCGAUGUGUCAAAAGGAGGCAACAGAGCUGCCGGCGGCGUCUCAGGAACCGCGCGGCCGAGCCGAGACGAUCAAACCACCUUCUCAGCAUUCUUGCGGCGCAGAAGCGCAGAAGAAGCGUCGACUGACGCGGCAUGGCCUACGGGUCUGGGAAGCCGUAACAUGCCGGGCCAUGUGGCAGCUCACCAAGACCACGAAUUUGCAUGGGGGGCUGCCAUGAGGAUCGAGGGAGGGGUUGUCGAGAUGCCCACCGUAAUGCUACACGGGCGAGACAACUGCGGACCGACUAAACAAGUCACUUACGCCUCACGUUCCCUCUCUCAGGCUUCAAAGCAGAAUAAGCAUGGAGAUUACCUUCUUUCUCCAUCGUGAUAGUAGGUUGUUGACUGUUGACUGUCGGACAAACGACGUAACAUCGGCGUCGCCCAACAUCGAAUGACUAUCUCUCCCUAUAUAGACAUCUACUGAUCAGUUGUAAAUUCACCAUCUGUGCUUUACCUGUGCUUAUAAUCGUUGUAUGAGACCACAUUUAUAGAAGUAAUAGAUCCUUGAGCAGCC